AUGGCGAAGGGCGGCGGGGAGAGGGGCGCGCUGCUGCCGGUCUCGGCGGACGUCGGGAAGGGCAACGGCGGAGGGGGAGGCGGCGACGACGCCGUGCUGUUCAAGGGCUCCGCCAUGACCCGCCGCGGCGCCGCCGCCGCGCUCUCCUACAUGGCAUGCUCCGUGUUGCUAGUGAUGUUUAACAAAGCAGCUCUGUCUUCAUAUAGUUUCCCUUGUGCAAAUGUCAUCACGCUCCUUCAGAUGGUGUGCUCAACGUGCCUUCUUUAUGUUCUGAGACGGUUAAAGAUCAUCUCCUUCACAAAUAGUGAUCCAUCAGUGCCUUCUGAUUCAAUAUUCUUUGUGCCAUUUAGGAUGUUGUUGCGCACCACACCUCUUUCCUUGGCUUAUUUACUCUACAUGCUAGCUUCAAUGGAAUCGGUCCGUGGAGUUAACGUCCCUAUGUAUACAACUCUACGGCGCACAACAGUCGUGUUUACAAUGACAAUGGAGUAUUUUCUGGCAAAGCAGAAGCACACCCCACCUAUAAUAGGCAGUGUGGCUUUGAUUGUAUUUGGUGCAUUUGUUGCUGGAGCUCGAGACUUGUCAUUUGAUGCUCGUGGGUAUGCUAUUGUCUUUGUGGCCAACAUUACGACAGCUGUUUAUCUUGCUACUAUCAACCGUAUAGGAAAAUCUAGUGGCCUCAAUAGCUUUGGCCUGAUGUGGUGCAAUGGACUUGUCUGUGGACCUUCAGUACUGUUCUUGACAUAUAUUCAGGGUGACCUAAAGAGGACCAUGGAAUUUCCCUACCUUUAUUCCCCUGGGUUCAUGGCCGUGCUGCUAUUUUCGUGCAUCUUAGCAUUUCUACUGAACUACACUAUCUUCUGGAACACAAUCCUGAAUUCUGCACUCACACAAACGAUGUGUGGAAACUUGAAGGAUUUCUUCACCGUUGGAAUUGGUUGGGUGUUAUUUGGUGGCCUUCCUUUUGAUCUUCUUAAUGUUAUCGGUCAGGGAUUAGGGUUUCUGGGCUCUGGAUUGUAUGCCUACUGCAAGAUCAAAGGAAAGUAG